CCCUCGCGAGCUGCUGCUUGGUGAUCAGGGAAGGUGGAGCGGCGACGAGGCCCUGGGCCCGUCGAGUGCUGUCCAUAUAAAAGCCCUCCGGCGCCCCAUGUUGCUGUGCAAAGAACCUCUUCUUCCCCACUCCCACCACCACCCGUCACCCCCACCAGAUCCAAUUCGAUACCCCCAUACACUACACCACCGCAAUCAUGGGACUUACAGCCAAGCUCCACACGCCUCACAGCGGCGACUAUGAGCAGCCCACUGGCCUCUUCAUCAACAACGAGUGGGUCAAGGGCGUCGACGGCAAGACCUUCGAGGUCAUCAACCCCUCCACCGAAGAGGUCAUCGUCUCGGUGCACGAGGCCACAGAGAAGGACGUCGAUCUUGCCGUAACCGCCGCACGCAAAGCCUUUGAAGGCCCAUGGCGGAGGGAGACUCCCGAGAACCGUGGCAAGCUGCUGGUUAAGCUCGCCGACCUGUUCGAGAAGAACGUCGACCUUCUCGGCGCCGUUGAAUCGCUGGACAAUGGCAAGGCUCUCACCAUGGCCAAGGGCGACGUUGGCAUGGCUGCUGGCUGCCUGAGGUACUACGGCGGCUGGGCCGACAAGAUCGAGGGCAAGGUCAUCGAGACUACACACGACGCGUUCAACUACACCAAGAAGGAGCCCAUUGGUGUCUGUGGUCAAAUCAUCCCAUGGAACUUCCCCAUCCUCAUGUGGGCAUGGAAGAUUGGCCCCGCCAUCGCCUGCGGUAACACCGUCGUCCUCAAGACUGCUGAGCAGACUCCCCUCUCCGCCCUCGUGGCAUGCAACCUCAUUGUCGAGGCCGGCUUCCCACCAGGUGUCAUCAACGUCAUCUCCGGCUUUGGAAAGGUUGCCGGUGCCGCCAUCUCCUCGCACAUGGACAUCGACAAGGUCGCCUUCACUGGCUCUACCGUCGUCGGUCGCCAGAUCAUGAAGGCCGCCGCUGGCUCCAAUUUGAAGAAGGUCACUCUCGAACUCGGUGGCAAGAGCCCCAACAUCGUCUUCGCUGACGCCGAUAUCGACAACGCCAUCUCGUGGGUCAACUUCGGUAUCUACUUCAACCACGGCCAGUGCUGCUGUGCCGGUUCCCGUGUCUACGUACAAGAAGAUAUCUACGACAAGUUCAUCGUGCGAUUCAAGGAGCGAGCGGCCGCCAACGAGGUCGGCGACCCAUUCCACGCCGACACCUUCCAGGGACCCCAGGUUUCCCAGCUACAGUUCGACCGCAUCAUGGGCUACAUCGAGAGCGGCAAGAAGGAGGGCGCCACCGUCGUGACCGGCGGCAAGCGCAAGGGCACCAAGGGCUACUUCAUCGAGCCGACCAUCUUCAGCAACGUGACCGAGAACAUGAAGAUUGUGCAAGAAGAGAUCUUCGGUCCCGUCUGCUCCAUCGCCAAGUUCAAGACCAAGGAGGAGAUUAUCAAGACGGCCAACGCCUCCAACUACGGCCUCGCCGCCGCCGUGCACACCUCCAACCUCAACACCGCGCUCGAGGUCUCCAACGCGCUCCGCGCGGGCACCGUGUGGGUCAACGCCUACAACAUGCUGCACCACCAGCUGCCGUUCGGCGGCUACAAGGAGAGCGGUAUCGGCCGCGAGCUGGGCGAGGCCGCGCUAGAUAACUACACGCAGAUCAAGACAGUGAGCAUCCGUCUUGGCGAUGCGUUGUUCGGUUAGAUAUAGCGACUUUGAGUGGACAGGAAUCUCGGGGGAAUGGUAAUGACUGAACCAGAGGAUGUGCUACGAUUAAGGAAUGGCGUCGAGAUUGAGAAACUGGACUACUGGGAUACGUGGUUCUGAUAUUUGUAUAUAUUACCUCUCUUGCGCACCCCCCGCCCCCUUUUGAAGCAAAAUCAGAAGAAAGCAAAACUCUUACUUG